AUUGCGCAGUACAUCAAGAAAGAGUUCGAUAUCAGGAAAGGUGCCACAUGGCAUUGCAUAGUCGGCAGAAAUUUUGGAAGCUUUGUCACACACGAAACUAAGCACUUCAUCUACUUUUACCUUGGGCACUGUGCGAUCCUGCUUUUCAAGACGCAAUAG